CCACACCGUGCAUCACUGUCGCCGCGCUUUCGACCGCCCGCACGACUCGCCGCCGGUAGCAGCGGGUCAGGUACCUGCUGCCUCGCCCUCUGCCCGUUCAUGACCGCUCCCACCUACGGGCCGCGAUAGGGCACACACCCACCGCCGCCCAUCCAUGGAGCACUCGUCGCGACACAGCAGCCGUCGCACACGGCGCGAGACGACGGCCGUCGAGGCUACUGCUCACGGCGCCGACGACCGCUGGCGAGACGAACGCCCGCCGACGAUCCGCGCCGUCACCCCCGACUUCCUCGCCCACCAGUACGCCGACCCGCAGACGUCGCCCCGCUCGCACGCCGCUCAGCACUCGCUCGCCUCGCGGGGCAGCCAUCCGCGCGCCUUCACUGCCCGCGCUCACUCGACCGACGCCGACUUUUCGCUGCGGGGGACGAGUGCGAGUGGGAGUGCCGGUGCCAGUGCGAGUGCUAGUGCGAGUGCUCGCGACCGUAGCCGGACACUGGAGGAGCGCACGUUGCGGGACCGCUCGCCCUCGGGCCUGUUCGUCGCCGCCCGCCAUCGCAUCGGCUCUGUCACGAGCCCCAGCAGCAGCAGCACGCCGCCGCCCGCCUUCCACGGCCUCGAGGACUCGCUCGUCAUCACCUCCAUUGGCCACCCGAGCACCAUUUCGCCCGUGACGACGACAACCACCUCCACGACCACCUCCUCCUCGACGACGACCACCACCACCACCUUCGCCGCCGUCCCGACCGCCCAGCCGCCGCCGCGCUCCUCCAGCCACACCCACGCCCACACCCACACCCACCGCACCCUGCUCAAGCAGCCCCCGCGCGCCGCGUCGCCCGCCAAUGUCCAGUCGGAGUCGUGGGUGUCGCCCGUGCCGGCCUCGGACGUGCGCAAGCUCAAGGACCUCAUGCGCGCCACGUGCGGCAAGAUGCAGGGCCUGCUGGCCUUCCGCCGCGGCGAGUCCAACCCCUGGUCGCUGUCGUACUGCUUCAUCAACGACGAGGCCGGCAGCCUGGUCUUCGAGCCCAAGAACGACGCCUCCAACCCGCGCACCCUGAUCCCCGACCUGCGCGGCUGCCACGUCAAGAGCGCCUACGACGGCGAGGCGUACACGGCCUACAUCCACGUGACCGUCCACAACUCCAAGCUCGAGGUCCACCUGCGGCCCCCCACCCAGGAGGAGUUCGACUCGUGGUUCGCCGCCCUGCUGUGCUGGCAGCCCAUGCGGCCCAAGGGCAUCCAGAACAGGAUGGCCAAGCCCCAGGCCCCCGUCAUCAUGGAGCGCCGUCUGACCGACAGCAGGCGCCACUCCGAGGUCUCGCUGCUCAAGGAAGUGCCCAAGAAGGAGGCUCCCAUUAUUAAAGUCGGCAAGAUGAUCUACUGGGACACGAGCGUGACGUACAGCAACACGGGCGCGCCCAAGACGGGAACCCCCGGCGCCCGCCCCCAAGCCUACCGCAUCCAGAGCCAUGGCUCGCGCCGGUGGAGACGAGUCUCAUGCACGCUCCGUGAGAACGGAGAGCUCAAACUAUACUCGGACACGGACGUCAUGCUGGUCUCCACCAUUCAGCUCUCCCACCUUUCCCGCUGCGCCGUCCAGCGACUAGACCCUUCUGUUCUGGACAACGAAUUUUGCAUUGCCAUAUAUCCUCAAUACACCGCGUCGUCUUCUGCUUUGUCCCUGCUGCGUCCCAUCUUUCUGUCCCUCGAGUCGCGGGUGCUGUACGAAGUCUGGAUUGUUUUACUGCGCGCUUUCACCGUCCCGCAACUGUACGGGCCGAAGUCGGAGGCGCUGAACGAGGAGGGCACGCUCUCACCGUCGUUUGGCUCGCAGGAUAUGUUCCGCAUGGAGAAAUCGCUGUUUGUUAGGGUUAUUGAGGCGAGGCUUAUGCCGCCGGUUAGUCCGAAGGUCGCCGAUGUGCCGACGUCUACGAGACCUAAUUCUUCCACUAUUACGAAUCCGGGGGGCUACUUAGUGGAGGUCCUGUUAGAUGGGGAGACGCGCGCUCGUACUACGGUUAAGAAUGAGGGUACUACGCCGUUUUGGAGGGAGGAGUUUGAGUUCAUGGACCUCCCUGCGCUGCACACGGCGUCGCUAUCGCUCAAGAAGCGGCCGCCAAGCUACUCUCGGACUGAGAAGAGCAUGUUCGAUAUCGCUCUUACCUCGGAUCCGUAUGCCUCGGAAGGCGGCUAUGCUGGAAUAUCUUUCGACCAGACGCUGGGCAAGACGGAUGUCUAUCUCGAUGACUUGGGGCCUAACCAGGAACUGGAAAAGUGGUGGCCGCUCGUCAAUAUGUGGGGUAAUAGUGUGGGAGAGGUGCUGGUCAAGGUCAGCAGCGAGGAGUGUGCGAUUCUCAUGGCCCGCGACUACUACCCUCUGUCGGAGCUUCUGCACCGGUUCUCCAACAGCUUGACACUGCAGAUUGCGCAGAUGAUCCCGACUGAGCUGAGGAGGAUGUCUGAAUAUCUCCUCAACAUUUUUCAGGUAUCGGGCGCUGCGGGAGAGUGGCUGUGCGCGCUGGUCGAGGAAGAGAUUGACGGGACGCUGAAGGAAUCACCAGCAAGUCGGUUACGCUUCAGCAAAAGGCUUGGAUCGAGCGAGUCGAGCGAGUCUACAAUGAACACGUUCGGCUCGGCGAGUGAUCGCGAAGUCUUCGUCCGGGAUAUGGGAAACAACGCGAAGCUGGAAGCGAACCUGCUUUUCCGCGGUAACACGCUUCUUACCAAAUCCUUGGACCUCCAUAUGAAGCGCCUCGGGAAAGAGUAUCUCGAAGAGACGCUUACCGAGAAACUGAAGGAGAUCAAUGAAAAAGAUCCAGAGUGUGAGGUCGAUCCGAGCAAGGUCACGUCGCAGCAUGAGCUGGAUCGGAAUUGGAGACGGCUGAUCAACUGCACUGAGGAGGUCUGGCGCGCCAUUUAUAACUCCGUAUCCCGGUGUCCGCAGGAGUUGAGGCUGAUCUUCAGACACAUCCGAGCCUGUGCCGACGAUCGAUAUGGCGACUACCUCCGCACGGUGCAAUACAGCAGUGUGUCUGGCUUUUUGUUCCUGCGGUUUUUCGUCCCCGCGGUGCUGAAUCCGAAGCUUUUCGGUUUGUUGAAGGAUCAUCCCAAAACAAAGGCGCGGAGGACGUUUACGCUCAUCGCAAAGUCGCUGCAGGGGCUGGCGAAUAUGUCGUCGUUUGGCACAAAGGAGGCGUGGAUGGAACCGAUGAAUACGUUCUUGUCGACGCAUAGGCAGGAGUUUAAAAAGUAUCUGGAUGAUAUUUGCUCGAUUUCGACAACGGCCUCGCCUGCUCCGCCUAUUCCGCCGUCGUAUAGCACGCCGAUUGCUAUCCUGCACCGCCUUCCCCCGACAUUCAAGGAGGGCUUCCCCUCGCUUCCAUACCUGAUCGACCACUCGCGCAACUUCGCCAUGCUAGUCAAUCUAUGGCUCGAAAACACAACGAAAAGCGCACCCGACAUCCAAGCAAGCGACGGCGACCUCCUCCGCUUCCACAACAUCUGCGUCUCGCUCAACGAGCGCACAAAAGACUGCCUAAACCGCGCCGAGCCCGCCGAACGCCCCUCCUCCUCCCUGAGCGUAAAAUGGGAAGAGCUAGUCGAGCAGCUGCAAGGCGCGAGCCUCGAGUCCGGCCGCGGCGCAGCAACACGCAACCGCAGCCCCAUCAAAGAAGAAGACGGGGAUAUCAUGCCCUUAUCCCCCGGCACGGCGGAUGACUACUCGUCCUCGUCCGCCAGCACGCCCAUCACUAUGAAACCCCCGCCCAAGGCCCGCCACCACCAGACGUCCAGCAUCUCCGUGUCGGCCAGCUCGCUUAUGAGCGGGUCUUCGAAUACCGUGUCGUUUAGCCAGAAUACGUUUUCUGCGAAGCCGCGCACGCCACGGUAUAACGCCGAGGGGAACGACUCCCAUUCUGCAUCUGCUAGCGCAUCGGCUUCCGCCGCGGAGGAGGAGGAUGAUGAAACUCCCCCUGGCUCAAGCGAUGGCAUGCAUAUGGCCCCCGCGCCAUCGUACCCGCAUACCCUCGCCCAACCAUCUACCUUCUACACGCACGAUAACUCCCGCUCCAUGACGUAUCCACCCCACCACACCGCAAACACAAACACAAACGCACGCACACACAGCCUCAACAACUCUGAAGCCGGCAGUCUGCACGACGAAGAAGCCGGCGAAGGCGAAGAAACCUCCGCCGACGCCGAAGAAGACGAAGAAGAAGAAGAAGAAGAAUGCCCCACGGCCCUCCCCGCCUUCUCAAAAUCAAAAGAAAAAGAACGGGAUAAGGAAAACGGGGCGAAGGAUAAAGAGAAGAAGGAGCGUGGGCUGCGGGGCGUCUUACCCUUUGCCAAGCGGAGGAAGGAGAGGGAUAGGGAGAAGGAUCGCGAUCGCGAGGAGCGGAAGGAGAGGGAGAGGGGGGAGAAGAGGGAGAAGGAGGGGAGGAAGGAGAGGUUGAGGGAUAGGGGGAAGGAUAGGGAGAGGGAGAAAGACAGGGAGAAGGAUUUGCGGGGCAAUAGCGCGAUGGGGGAGUAUGCGAGUUUGCGGAGUAAAUCGGAGAAGUCGUCGCGUGUCGCGCUUGGCGCGCUGGCGUAUGGGGAUAAAGUUGGGGGCGCGGGGAGUGGGCUGGGCACGGGGGGGUGGGGCGUGUCGACUUCGUCGGGGGUGGGGGAGGGGAAUGCGAAUGCGAAUGCGAAUGGGAAUACUAACGGUAGAGAUGCGGAUUUUGAACGCGAGAGGGAGAGGUGGGAUAAGAGUGCUCUCGCUGGUCUGCGCGAUAAAGAGCGCGGUGGUGGGGGUGCUGGGGGGAAGGGUAGUCGGGAACGUGAUAGGGAAAGAGAUGAUGAGUUCUGACUACAUGGUUGGUUUACCGGGGAGACGCUUGGGUGGCAGGAAUUGAGGAGACGGAAGAGUGCGGGGGAGUUGUUGAGUGCGGCGAGGUUUCGGUAGAUUGGGGGUUGGGUUGGGUUGGUUUGGAUUGGGGAAGGGUUUGGGGAAGGGGUUGAGUUUGAACUUGAGCGGGAUUUGGAUUGGAGUGGAUUGGACUUGAUUGGAUUGGAGACAUCUAUGAUGAUGUAUGUGUAUGUAUGUGUAUGAGCAUGCGGUCAUGGAAUAUGAAAACAUGAACAUGAACAUG